CUGGCCAUGCAUGCAUGGAAUUUGUCACCGUUCAGUUCUGGAAGUGACGUGAAUGCGUGAGAACCGGUCAAAAAUAUUGGAUUAUUUACCGCGUUCUUGGACAGUCUAUCGGAGACAAAAUACUAUCAAAUGAUGCCGGACAACGUCAGGUAGUGAGCCCACUUGGUGAUGUACUAGCCAUGGCUGUAAUGGUUAAGCUUGUUCGGCCUGCAACUGUACUCUUCACAGUGUUCCUUGUACUAUGGACUGCUGCAGCACAAGAGCCCACUUACAACUUCCAGUUCACCGAGCCACUGUACAAUGCAAGCAUCCCUGAGAAUGCUGAAGUCAGAACCUACAUCACAACACAGCCAAAGACCGGUAUAUAUGUCCCACUGGAUUCAGAUAUCAUUGGAGUCAAAUACAUAUUACUGGAUGAGGAUAGACUCUUUCGAGCCACUGAUGAGAGGGUGGGGGACUUUGUGUUCCUCAGGAUCCGCACCAUUCCCUGUAAAAGCAAAGAUGAGGCCUGCUCCAGUGUCAUCAAUCGAGAGCAAAAGGCGGAGUACCGAUUGCGGGUUAAGGCGACGGGUCGCAUCCGUGGCCAGUCCCCUGUCACCGCCCAGACCACUGUGGUCGUCAGGGUCACUGAUGCCAAUGAUCAGCGGCCCCUGUUUUUAGAGCGAAGCUACUCAGUGUCUGUUCCUGAGAAUAUGCCAGUGGAAACCAGUAUCAUCACAGUGGAAGCCACAGAUGCUGAUUCGGGCACCAAUGGGGAGGUGUACUACAGCUUCAAGAGGUGGACUGACCAGUUUGCCAUCCAUCCCACCAGCGGUGUGGUCACUCUCACCAGGGCCCUGGAUUAUCAGCAGACAUCCCAGUACAGCCUGAUCAUCAUUGCUAAGGACAGAGGGAUGAUGCCGUACAACAUGGCUCCUCCCUUUGAGGCCACUCUACGAGUCGACGUUGAGGAAGUCAAUAAGCAUGCCCCAGUCAUGAUAGUUCAAAUGCAGAUGCAUUUGUCACGAAACAGUGAGAUUGGCACCGUCUACGCCAGCAUCAUGGUCAGUGAUGAAGAUGAUGGCAGAAACGGCCAGAUAAGUGAUGUCCGUAUCGUAGAUGGUGAUCCCGAGGAGUACUUCCAAAUUGUAAAUGAAGGGGGAAUAUUCCAUAUUAAGACCCAGUUAAGUUUCAAGGGCCCCUCUCCUACCGACUUCAACCUUACCAUAGUGGCCUCGGAUCAAGGAAAUCCACCCAAGACAGCAACAGAGGUCAUUCCAGUCAAGAUAUCUGGAACCUACAAGCAUGCAAUGUUUUUCCGAAGUCGUUUGAUGAAUAUCUCUAUCUCUGAGCUGGUUCCAAUCAACACACCUCUCAUCUCUGUGGCUCCUGAAAAUGAAGAUUUAGGCCUCACUAUAAGUUAUUCCCUGGCUGAAAGCAAAUCUCCAGUUUUCUCCAUCAACGAGCGCACAGGGUAUAUCAGCUUGAGGCAAGAGCUAGAUAGGGAGAUGAAGUCUGUGUAUGACAUCACAGUUUAUGGUACGGUUCAAGAGAGCCAAGCCGUGGCCUAUGUUGUUGUGAAUGUGCUGGAUGCUAAUGACAACAACCCUGAGUUUGCCCAGAAGUCCUACGAGGUUGAAAUUCAAGAGAAUCUAGCUGCGCAUACGCCCGUUGUGCAAGUCACUGCUCAAGAUGAGGACCUGGGUGAAAAUGCUUUCAUCUCCUACAGUCUAGCCAACAUGAACCCUGUCCCAUUCACCAUCGAUCACAUGACAGGCUUCAUCAAUACAAGCAAGAUACUAGACUAUGAAACAAUGAGACGGGAGUACAGACUUCGGGUCAGGGCUUCAGACUGGGGCGCACCGUUCCGGCGUGAGUCUGAGGUCAUUGUGACAAUCCGUCUCCAGAACAUCAAUGACAAUCGCCCACGGUUUGAAAAAAUUGACUGUGUUGGGACCAUAUCUCGCACUCUGUCUCCUGGGGAGAGUAUUGCACUCAUCUCGGCAAUUGAUUUUGAUGGAGAUGAAAGAGAGCUGAGUAUUGUGUCUGGAAACACAGGGAACCUGUUUGCUCUGCACCCAGCUUCUGGUAACUUGACACUGAGGAGACAAAUUGAGGACACCGAUGGACUGUUUUACAGCUUACGCAUCAUGGCAAGUGACGGUGAGAACUCUGCCAGCUACAUGUAUACCAACAUCAGCAUCAACAACAAUCGUAACAUCAACCCAGGUGCACAUGUCAGAGACUCCAAAGUCAGGUGCAAGUCUACUUCUGCGCUGACUGAUAUCCGAGAUCUUCUCCUUAGGAGAACGGAGGACAUGAGCCUGUCUGAGGACAUCCCUGAUGUAGAUUUUGCCGAGCUGUACAAUGCAAACCACAACAACCCUCAAUUUGAUGACGACUUCCCCACCAUCAUCUCGGUUAGGGAAGAUGUGGCAGUGGGUAAUGAAGUUGUCCUUGUGAAAGCAUCAGACAGGGACCCUGGCUUCAAUGGAAAGCUCAUCUAUGCCAUCUCUGAUGGAAAUGAUGAUUCACAUUUCCAGAUGGACUUUGAAACCGGUGUACUUCGGGUCCUCAGACCUCUGGACCGAGAACAGGACUCAAGCUAUGCACUGACAAUCAAAGUGUCAGAUUUGGGCCAGCCCAGGAGUACAGAAAAGCGUCAUAUCACCAUUAACGUCGAAGAUGUCAAUGACAAUGCUCCAGUGUUUGAUCAGACCCAGUAUGAUGCCGACCUGUCUGAGGACACAUACUCUGGAAUGGUCUUCCUUGCAGUUCACGCGAGUGACAGGGAUAUUGGCAGGAACAGGGACAUCCGCUACAGCAUUGUUAGUGACUCGCCGCAGUUUGCCAUCAACAGUGGCACUGGUGAGUUGCGUGUCACGCAGUCCUUGGACCGGGAACUUACUCCAGUUCACAAAAUCAAGGUUCAAGCCAAUGACAUGGCCACCAGUAACCCACUGUCCAGUACAACCAUGGUCACAGUGACCAUCCAGGACAUCAAUGACAACCCACCUCGAUGCAUGCGUGACAUCUUCAGUGUCCGGAUGCGGGAGGACCUUCCCACUGGCACAGUCCUCAUGACCGUCCAGGCACUGGACCCUGAUGAAGGACCAAAUGGACAGGUCACCUUUGGCAUUACAGAUGAAACAGGCACAUUUGCCAUUGAUGAACAGUAUGGCACCUUGCGUCUGAUCUCCGAACUAGACUAUGAAUCGGUUCAGAUCUACGACAUCUUGAUCAAUCUCCGUGACCAUGGCUCCCCAGCAAACAGGUCUGAGUGCCACGUCUUUGUCCAGGUUGUUGAUGUCAAUGAGAACAGGCACACCCCAACAUUUAACAGCUUCUAUGAUGAAGGGACAGUACUGGAGAAUGCAACCAUUGGGACAGAGGUGAUGAGAGUGACAGCUGUGGAUCGGGAUACAGGCAUGGAUGGAUCUGUGUCCUACUCCAUCAAGGAUGGAAGUGGACUGGGAUGGUUCACAAUUGACAAUGGAGGCACUAUUCGUACUGCUGAGCUGCUGGACAGGGAGAGCAUCCCGUAUUUCUGGCUGACGGUCUAUGGUCAGGACCACGGCGCAGUUCCCCUCCACUCCAUCCUAGAAGUAUUCAUCCGCAUUGGAGAUGUCAACGACAACAGUCCUAUUCCGACCAAGGCCAUCUUUGAGGCAUACAUCCCAGAGAAUUCGCCGGCGCUGGAGGAGGUGAUCCGCGUGGAGGCGACAGAUCCGGAUGAAACCUCCAAUCAGGCCUUGACUUAUGAGAUCACGUCAGGCAAUGCCUAUCGCCACUUUGCCAUCAACAGCUAUACAGGUGUGAUCACUACAACAGACAAUGCACUGGACAGGGAACGUGAAGAAUACCACACACUGCAGAUUACUGUUCAUGACAAUGGCAGUCCUUCCCAGAGUGCCAUCACCCACGUCAUCGUCCACAUCCAGGACGAGAAUGACAACCCGCCAACAUUCAAUGAGGGUGCCCUGGUCAGCAUCAACGUACCGGCCCAGGAUCGCACAGAUGAGCCCCGCAUCAUCUACGUGGCAAUGGCCUCGGAUAAAGACAUUGGUGAGAACGGGGAGCUAAGUUAUUACAUCCGGGAGGGAAACAACGCUGGCAAGUUUGACAUUGAUCCUACCACAGGCAUCAUCUCAACCACCAAGUUGCUGAUGGAAGGAGACCAGUAUAAUCUAGUGCUGGAGGUACUUGACAAUGGCCGGCCAACCCAGCAGUGGGCUAGAUUCCGGCUGGUCAUUCUGAUCUCAGCACCUGUGGCUGAGUCCCCCAACCCUCCCAUGAUAGUGGACGCCAUGGACGGUGCUGUAUCGGAGAAAGAUCCUUUUGGGACAUUCGUCACCAACAUCUUUGCCUAUGACCCAGAUGAUGAUGACCUUUGGUAUAGCAUCAAAGCUGGUGAUGAUAACAACAAUUUCUUCAUGCAGCCAUCGAGUGGCAUCAUCUUCGUAGCUUCCAAACUUGAUGCUGAGAGGCAGUUGACAUAUGAUCUGACUAUUGCUGUCUCAGACGGAUUCCAUGAAGUCACUCAGACUAUACGUGUCUCAGUCCUGAAUGCCAAUGAUAACCCACCCCUCCUGGAGCAGCUGAAAUACACCGUGGACAUCUAUGAGAACACCACCAUUGGCAUGGAGAUCCUGCAGGUGCGGGCCAGUGACCGGGACCGCUCCGACCGCCUGACCUACUCCCUGAAAGGUGCGGCUGAUCAGACCAGCCUGUCCAUGUUCCGGGUCCACUCCAAGACAGGCAUGCUGACCACCAUUGCCCCACUGGACCACGAGAUGCGACACCGGCAUGUACUAACCAUCCAGGUCAAGGACCACACCCUAGUCACUCACCGCAACUACACCCGGGUGGUGGUCAACAUCUUGGACUCCAAUGACCACGCCCCAGAGUUUGGUGCCUCUGCCUAUGAGGGGCGGGUCUUUGAGACAGCUGCUGUGGGAACGCAGAUUACUCAGGUAUAUGCGUACGACAAAGACCAAGGAACGAAUGCUGAGGUUACGUAUUCCAUCAUAUCAGUCAACAGGCAAGACAGACCGCAAGGCAACAUUGGUGAAGCUUUUAAUAUUGACCCAAUCCUGGGUAUUAUCACUGUGGGAAAGGAGCUGGACCGCAAAGAGAAGGCCAUCUAUGACUUGACUGUCAAGGCUAAAGACCAUGGCGCUCCCUCUCUUAGUAGUUUCACUACUGUCACCGUGUCUGUCACCCUGUCCAACAAUGCCCCACCUAAGUUCUCCCAGGCUGAGCACAUUGUGGAGCUGAUGGAGAAUGGCCGGCCCAACCAGUUUGUGAUGGAGGUGGUGGCCGUCAGCCGCUCGUCAGUGUACUACCGAAUCCUGGACGGCAACCAUGCCCGGCGGUUUGACGUGAAUGCCAACACAGGCGUGAUCACCACGGAGGUCUCGUUGGACUUUGAGGAGCAGAUGUACUACAACCUGACCCUAGAGGCCACUAACAUGGUUGGACUGAGCUGCACAACCCAGGUGCUGAUCCACGUACAGGAUGUCAACGAUAACCCGCCAUUCUUCACUGCCACCAACUAUGAGGGCAGUAUAACCGAGUCGGCACCAUUAUCCAGCGUAGUCCUGGAUGCAGCUAACCAGCCCCUGGUCAUUGCUGCCCUGGACACUGACUCAGAUCGCAAUGCCCAGCUUGUUUAUGAGAUUGUGGAGCCGGAUGCCCAGAAGUACUUUAUGAUUGACCCUAGCACUGGUGCUAUCCGCACCCGUAUGGCUCUUGACCACGAAGACAUUUCGCAAUUUGACUUCAGCGUUCAGGUCCAUGACUCUGGAGAACCCGAGCUAUGGGCAGCCAGUCCAGCCCACGUCACCAUCCACAUAGUCGACAUCAAUGACUCACCACCAGAGUUCACCCUAGACAUCUUUGAGGCCAACCUCCUUCUGCCAACCUUCGAAGGGGUGACGGUCCUGACCUUAGAAGCCGUGGACCUAGACACUGUCAGCAUCUCUCAGCUAGAGUACUCCAUUAUCACUGGUAAUCAGGGCAAGGAAUUCACUGUAGAUGCCACCACCGGGGUCCUUGUUGUCGCUGAUAGCUCAAAUAUCCAAGGAACCUACGAGCUUGGCGUUCGUGUAACUGAUGGAUUGUACUACGGUUAUGCAGAGGUAUCCAUCCAAGCUGUGCCCCGCACUGCCUCAGAGCUGCGCUUUGCCUUGGACGACAUUUACACGGUCAUCCAGGAGAAUGACACCACAGUGCGAGACCUGGCCUUCCUGAACGUGCUGGGCAAUGGACUGAACGAACCCCUGACCUACUCCAUCCUCAACCCAGAUGGCAUGUUUGACAUCCGCCCCACUUCAGGAGUGUUGAGGAACACCGGCGUGGCUUUUGACCGAGAAAAACAGGACCAGUACAAUGUCGUAGUGGAGGCACGAGAUAUGCGGGAUCCCCCUCGCAUGGCCCAUGUGAUUGUGCACGUGGAGAUUCUGGACGUCAAUGAUAACGUGCCGGUCUUUGUGCAUCACCUCUUCAAUGCCAUCGUUCAAGUGGAUGCUAAUAUUGGUGAAGUUGUCAGACAGGUGACUGCUGUUGAUAGGGACAAAGGUCUGAAUGGUGAGGUUAAGUACACCUUGGUGGAAGGUGGUGAAGGUCACUUUGACAUCGACAGCACCACCGGCACCAUUGUGGUGAGGCGGCCCCUCAGAGCCAACUCUCAGAACAAGAACUUCACCCUCAAGAUCAAAGCCAGUGACAAAGGAAAGCCCCGUCACAGUGCUGUGGUGGACGUACCUAUCACUGUCCAGAACAAGGCCAUGCCACUCUUCCAGGAACAGUACUACCAGGCCUCCAUCCUUGAGAACAUACAGCUGCACUCAGCCAUCAUUCAGAUCCAGGCCAUCAGUCCCCACGGUAGAGAUGUCCUCUACAGUGUCAGUGGCGGGGACCAGUUCAACCAGUUUGACAUUAACCCCAAUACAGGUGUGGUUAACGUCAUCGGCCCGAUUGACUAUGAGAGUCAACAGGCUUACAGACUGACCAUCCAAGCCAGUGACACUCUGACAGGGGCCUUUGCUUCUGUCAUGCUAGACAUCACGGUCUUAGACAUCAAUGACAUUGCCCCCAGCUUCCAUCAGAAGGUGUACCAGACCACCCUGUCAGAAGCAGUGUCUGUAGGAUCCACAGUGGCUCGGGUGCAGGCCUCGGACCUAGACUCCCCGGCCAACAGCCGAAUUGAAUACCGGAUCAUCACAGAAGGGGAAGUUGCCAGCUUCUUCCACCUGGAUCCAGACAGCGGCCUGAUCUUGACCUCCCAGGUCCUGGAUUAUGAACGCUACCCACGCCAUGACUUCGUAGUGCUGGCCACCGACUCUGGGGUUCCCAUGCUAAGUAGCGAGACUCGUAUCACUGUGUUGGUGCUAGAUAUGAAUGAUAACCCACCAGUGUUUUCUCAAGCACAGUAUGAGUGCACUGUGAGUGAGCUGGCAGCCAGGGGCGAGUUUGUGACUGCAGUCACUGCCACCGAUCCUGACAUAUCUGACACUGGGAAGCUGACGUAUUCCAUCGUGUCUGGCAAUGACAAAAUGGCAUUUGCUGUCAAUAGUAAAACAGGUGUCAUCAGUUUGUCCAACACCCACGAGCCCAGUCUGGCCUCCCGCUACACCCUCAACGUGUCCGUUUCAGACCGCGUCUUUACCAGUUCAGCCCAGGUGCGUGUCAGCCUGGCCCCAGUCAACCGCCACGCCCCCGAGUUCAGCCUCAGUGAGUACAACAUCGAGUUCCCCGAGAAUGAGACCGCAGGGGGCGUGGUCUUCCAGGUGGUGGCCAACGAUGCUGACGAGGGUCCCAAUGGUGAUGUCACCUACUCCAUCAUCGGCCACGAGGCCAGGAUGAGGUUCGAAAUCGACAGCCACUCAGGUUUUAUGUUUACUAGGGUGGAAUUUGAACGUGAUAACGCUAAACCACUAGGUGAGAUUCGAACCCGAGUCCCACUGGACCAGGAGAACUCUAAGGAGCGCACCAUCAGCAUCCCCAUUAUGGCAUCGGACCCUGGUGGGAAGACCAGCUACACCAAGGUCAAUGUCAUCCUGACAGACAAGAAUGACAACCGGCCGCAGUUUGAGCGGCAGCAGUAUGAGGCGUUCAUCCCUGCGGACUUGGAGGUCGGUUCCGAGAUCAUCAAGGUUUCGGCCAACGAUGCCGAUCUAGGCAGCAACAGCCAGCUGACCUACUACUUUGACAAUGGCACAUCGGACAGCAUCAUCGACCAGUUUGAGAUCAACACGCAGACAGGGCUGCUGUCUGUCAGGCAGUCAUUGCAGGGCAAAGAGGGCACUCAGUUUGUAUUCUUCAUGAAAGCCACUGAUAGUGGAGCGGUAUCUCUCAUUGGCCGUGUCCCUGUCAGUAUUUACGUGCUCGGUUCUCAUGAUGAGCUACCCAUCUUCCAAGGGCAAGAGCAAAUGCUGAAUUUUGAGCUGUCUGAGGACCACGCCAUCGGAGAUACCAUCACCACACUGACAGCCCAGAGCAAUCGGACUUUGAUGUACAGCCUGGUGCUGGGAACAGACCCACGCACCAACCACCCGGCCAAGUUCAGCAUUGGUCGUGAUGACGGGGUGCUGUCCGUCACCAGCCAGCUGGACUACGACACCUGCAAGUGGUACAAGUUGAUCGUCAAAGCGGAGACUCAGGAAGUCCCUGGGCUUGCUAACUUCCUGGAGGUCGCUAUCUCCGUGCUGGAUGUCAAUGAUAACCCACCUGUCUUUGAUGACUCCUCCUAUGAGAUCCGUGUGCCAGAGAACAUCCCAGUGGACUCAGAGAUCCUGCAGGUUCAUGCCAUGGACGUGGAUUCUGCCAUCUUUGGGCAGAUCAGCUACAAUCUUGCUCCCUCGGAAGAAGAUGAGGACUUAGAGGCCUUGGACAUGUUUGCAGUGGACUCAGAGACGGGAGUCAUCAAGACCAAGGCUAGCCUGGACUGGGAGAUGUUUCCCAGCUUCACCAUGGUCGUGGUGGCCACGGAUGGUGAAAUAGGCGAGGUGCAGAACACAGCUGAAACUACAGUCCACGUAGUACUGAUGGAUUUCAAUGACUCACCGCCCCGCUUCACCCACCCUUUCUACGCUGGCCAGGUGCUAGAAUCUGUUGCUAUAGGGACUGUAGUGACAGCAGUGUUGGCCACUGAUUCAGACCUGGGCUCCAACUCCAAUCUGGUGUACUACAUCACUGAAGGGGAUCCGUUUGGCCACUUUGCCAUCGAGAGUAACUCGGGCCAAAUAUUUGUGUCCAGGGAGCUUGACAGGGAGUUGAAGGAAAGUUACAACCUGAAUGUGACAGUGACUGAUGGAGCUUACAUGGAUGCCACAAUGGUCACCAUCACAGUCCUGGAUGUUAACGACAACACACCCAUCUGUGCACAGACUGUCUACUCAGAUGACGUCACAGAGAGCCUGCCCUCUGGCACUGACAUCAUCCAAGUGUCAGCUAGUGACAUCGAUGCUGGAGACAAUGCAGUCAUCACAUACUCCUUGAGUGGAGAUGAUGCAGCCCUCUUUGCCAUCAACCCGAGCACAGGGCAAAUCAGCUCAGCAGGCCCACUGGACUACGAGACACAAUCCCUGUACCACUUUGAGGCAUUGGCAUCAGAUGGCAGUUUCUCCUGUGUCUCCCAGAUCUUUGUGGGACUUCUGGAUGAGAACGACAACGCUCCCAUCUUCUCAUCCAGUGUGUAUAAUGAGAGUGUUAGUGAGAACACCACGCUGAACACCCUGCUGACGCGUAUCCAAGCUAUCGACCCUGACACAGGUAUCAAUCGUCAGUUUUCCUUCUCCAUCAUGGAGCCAGACAUCCAGAGCUUCAGCAUCGAUCCCUCCUCAGGCAUUAUCACCCUGCGUCAGGUCCUGGACCGGGAGAACCGCAGCAUCUACAACCUGACCCUGCAGGCCACAGAUGCCAAUAACCCUUUCCUGGUCUCCCAGGCUCUGUUGGUGGUCAAUGUUCUGGAUGAGAAUGAUAACGAGCCUCAGUUUGAGCAUGACCUGUAUAAUGCCAGCCUGUCAGAGGACGUGGCUAUCGGGACGACCGUUGUGACCGUUGAGGCACUGACCAAAGACGUGGGUGUGAAUGCCCUAAUCACAUAUGAAAUAAUCAGUGGCAAUGAACACAACAAAUUCCACGUGGAUGAGUACACAGGCAAAGUCACAGUGGCCAAUUCACUGGACUUUGAGAUGUCCAAUAGCUACUAUCUGACCAUCAAGGCUACAGACAGUGGUCUCCGUCCGCUGUCGGACACCACCAUGGUCAGCAUCUACAUCACUGACGCUAAUGACAACGUGCCCCAGUUUGGUCAGAUCAUCUACUACAGUGAAAUCAACGAGGUGGCCAGGGUAGAAGACAGCAUCGUGCAGAUUUUGGCCACUGAUGCAGAUAGUGGUGCCUAUGGGGAGGUGACAUACUCCAUCUUGCGUGGAGAUCUCUUUGAUCAGUUCACUAUCAACGAGAAGAAUGGCCUGAUCAGUGUGGCUGCUGAACUAGACAGAGAACAGACUUCCUCGUACUCUCUGAUCAUUCGUGCCAGCGAUGGAGGUGAGCCAGCCCAGUUCAACGACGUGUCUGUCCAGGUCUCGGUGGGAGACAUCAAUGACAAUCCACCAAGGUUCCUGCGCUCUAACUACACUGUCAUCAAGAGGGAGGAUAUGGCCGUGAACAGUAAACUUGUUCAGUUGAAUGUCACUGAUCCUGAUUCCUCUGUGAAUGGCCCACCAUUUACUUUCACCAUUGUUAAAGGCAAUGAAGACAAUGACUUUAACAUUGACUCAGAUGGUAUCCUGUACAAUCGCUUCCCUUUCAACCGUGAGAUGAAGGACGUGUAUGAGCUGACCGUUCAGGUAACAGACAAUGGGAAACCGCCACUGUCAUCUAUCACCCAUGUGACGUUGGAGAUCAUUGAACCUAUUAACCCACCCAUUGUGAAGUCGCCGAUGAUGAUAACUAUCAAGUCAUAUGAGGACGACUUCCCUGGUGGAGUCAUUGGAUGGGUGGAUGCUGUGGAUGCAGAUCCUGCUGAUGUCCUUCGCUAUGAGCUGGCCAAUAAUAUGGGCAACGCCUUCCGGGUAGACCCGGAGACCGGCAGCAUCUUGGCCCAGCCUGACCUGGACGAAGGCUUCUACCAGCUGAAUGUCAGCGUCAGUGAUGGGCAGUUUGUGUCGUACUGCGAUGUCCAGGUGACCGUGGACACUGUGACCACGGAGAUGUUGGAUAACAGUGUGACCAUCGGUUUCCAAGACUUGACCCCAGAGAAGUUUCUCUACCUGUAUUUCAAUGUUUUCAAGCACAUUAUCAGCAACAUCCUGCGCUCUGCGGAGUCUGCUGAUGUCCAAGUCAUCAGCAUCCAGCAGUCGGAGAUGGCUGCUGGAGACACAGAAGUCCUGUUUGCAGUUGAGAAAUCGGACCGCCGCGGAGUUUCCUACUACAAGCCCAAAUCUCUGGAGCGCCAGAUCAAUACCAGCGCCUCCAGCUUUGUCCAGCGUAUGGGAGUCACAGUCAAGGCCAUCGUGGCCGAUGUCUGUCUGGACAAAGUCUGUGACAAACAGCGACGCUGCGAGUCACACGUCACCUUUGACCAGGCCCAUGUGACUACUAUUGAUGAUGGGGAAAAGGCUGGCUUUGUGUCAGCCAGACACAGCAGGGAACCCAUUUGUGUCUGUAAAGAACGUGUGGAGGGCUGUAGUGACCUACCCACUGCUGAGCCACCCCGUCCCCAGACACCCACCAUCACCGACCCAUGCUCCAGCAACCCCUGCCCGGCCUACAGGAGCUGCCAGGCCAACGGUGAUGCCUUCAGCUGUGUCUGUGCAGACAACAGCCUUAGUUGUGGAGGGGAUCCUAGCUUGCCCAUGAGCUUCUCCGGCAACAGCUACAUGCGCUAUGACUUGCUGGAUGUAUCUAGCCUGGCUGUCAGGGUAGCUGUGGCCAUACACACAAUGGAACCCAACGGUGUCAUCAUGCAUGGAGAGGGAGAUGACUACAGCACCCUGGAGAUUAUUGAUGGCUUUGUUCACUACACCUUUGACUGUGGAAGUGGACCAGCAAAUAUCCACUUGACCACAAGGCGUGUGGAUGAUGGCCAGUGGCAUGAGGUCUCCAUCAGCCAUCAAGGAAAUGUUGCCACGGUAACUCUGGACAGAUCUGCUUCAGCCACGGGAAGUGCGGCCGGUGACAAGCGUGCUCUCAACCUCAACAAGAUAGUCUUUGGUGCCCGGGUGGCCGACCAAGUCCGUGCCCGCCGAGAGACGGUCUCGGACGGAUUCAUCGGGUGCAUGGGUGAUAUGAAUGUGGACGGGCUGCGACUAGAGCGGACUGGGGAAGGAAUCACACCCAGCAACAUUGGGGAGUGUCCAUCCAAAUUCCUGAAAGCCUGCUCGGGCAACCCCUGUGAACAUGAGGGUUCUUGUAUUGAUUAUGGCUACAGCUUCGUCUGUGACUGCCGGCCUGGGUGGAACGGCAACAGGUGUGAGUUUCCCUUCACGCCCUGCUACCCUGACCCGUGUGCCAACGGGGGGACCUGCUAUAGCACAGGCAAUGACUUCCAGUGCGACUGCAAGGAGCCCUACUCCGGCCGCAACUGCAACGAGGUGCUAUGCCCCGAGCAGGUCUGCCUCAAUGAUGGUUUCUGCAAGCUGGGUAGCAUGACCUGCAACUGCACAGGAACUGGCUACGGCGGCACAUACUGCCAGACGGAGCUGACUCACUGCAGUCAGAAUCCCUGCCGUUAUGGCCACCAUUGCGUGCAGCUGACCAAGUCUUACAAGUGCUGUAGCCCAUCCUCGGCCGAUGAGGUGUGCCGUAGUCUAGAUUUGGAUGCUGUGCCCAACAUCACGGCCGGUCCCUUCGCCAUCGGCAUGGUGGAGAUUAUUGGCAUUGUAGUAGCAGCGGUCAUUGCUAUUGUCCUAGUCCUGCUCUUUGCUGUCUUCAUGCGUAGACGUCGCAGAAGGCGCCAAUCACAUCACAUCCACGCAAGUGCCAACCAGUACUCAAUGGAUACCUUCAAACGAGACAGCAAGGGAUCUGACUAUGGGUAUCCACCAAGCCCACCUAGCCCCAGACCACCUCCACUGCCUGACCGACCUGCCUCCUACACACCAAGCAACCACAACUCUCUCAAUAAUCUGGAUACAGACAGGUAUGGCUAUGAUGACUCCCAGGCCUACCACGGCCAGCCCAUCAGCCAGCAGCCCUCCCUGCCUCCCUUGCCUUCCAACUCUGCUUCAGACAGUGACUCUAUCGCCAAGCCAGCCUGGGAGUUUGAUGCACCCAGUACCCACGAGAGCUACGCCGAUGGGCGGGACAGUGCCAAGAACGCCCCCAUUAGUGCCCACCACCCCCUGCAGCAUUCUCAUCCCUGCAUCCUACCCCCAGCCAGGGAUGGUCGUAUGCCCCUGGAGCCCCCGGCCUAUGACCAGUUCAGCCAUGUCGAGGUCACCUCAAUGAGCUCCAUCAAUACCGAGAACGAUGAUGACGCAUUACCAGCCACCAAGGCUUUGCCACCGGCUGACCAGGAGGUUGAUUUGUCAGUCAAUCAGAAAAAACCUCCGUCACCAUCAACUCCUUCCUCUAGUCACAGUGACUCUGACGCUAGCCAAGACACAGUGAUCUCCAUUGAGCAGGCCCAUUCUCAAAAUUCCCCCACUAACACCCAAAGGAAGCCCCACAUGUUUCCCCCUUCUAAGGUGUCCCCUGUGUCCCCACCCAAAUCCCCCACUACACCAACUCCUGUGGAGCAAAGUAAACCACUGAUGAAUGCUGCCCCAGCAACGGAGAAGUCCCCAAGCCCAAAAUCACCCAAGAAGUACGCUCCCAAGUCUCCGAUUCUUAAGAAGCGUCCAUCCAAAACAAGCCCUGUCCUGGAGACAGACAUUGACUCCCUCUUGCAGCCCUCCAAGAGCGUUCGUUUCAACAUGGAGCCCGAGAUCAGCAGAUUUGAAGCAGACAGCUCUCAGUCCGACAUCCAGACCGAUUCCGACAGUGAGAGGUCCUAUGCUGACCUGAUUGGCUUGAAAAUUGAGCGUCAGAGUGAGGGAUCGGCUGGCUCUGACAUUGGCUUCAACAACAUUCCACCGUUGGACUUCUUGGAGACACAGAAGGCUCUUGGUGUUGAGGGGGUUCAGAUUCUUGCUGACGUCAGCUGUCAGACUGUAGACAAUGACGCUGGCACCAAUGGGGCUUCUAACCUGUUCUUGGAGUCGGACGAACCCAUGGAGACCAUGACCGAGUUUCAUGAUACCCACCAAACAGUCUACAUCACCCAGAACCCUAAGGAUGCCGCAGAUGCAGACACAAAGAGUGCUGAUGAAAAGAAGGAUUCCGGCGAUGUAUAUAGGCAAAAAGCAUACCAGUGGGAUUGCAGUGACUGGAUGCCUGCCGAACCCCUCAGCAACAUCCCUGAAGUGCAAUAUGAGACCCCUGAGUCCCCCACCAACACCAACCUGUCUGACGAGGACAUUGAAGAUGAGUUUGUAGGGGAGGAGACAGACUACCCUGCCGAGAAUGAGGACAUGCCCUACCCACAGGGAGCCAUGAGGGACUUCCAGCAGCAGCUGGCCAACUACCCGCCGGUGGACGACACCCCAUACGUGGGACUCAGCUCCCACUACCAGCAGCAUCCCAACCAGUACUUGCCCAAGCAUGCCAUCAGCAACUCUACCCUGCCCCCGCUCGAGGCAGAGAAUGAGGAGGACAUCUCGGAUGGCCUGCCCUACCCUCAGCGGGGUCAGUUCCCCGGUGGGGCUGCCUCCACCGGCGACCUGAACUUUGACCUGGAGGGUGCCAUUGCCAACAUGGACAACAUGUCUAUGUCGGUCUACACCGACACCAACGCCUCCUGCUCGGAUGUCUCGGGGAUGUGUGACCCAGACAGCGAGAUGGCACUGAGUGAGUAUGACAGUGUAGAUGGCACCGAUGAUGAAUACGAAGAGGACCUUCCGGAUGACAGGGAGCUCAACGCACAGCUGAAGAACCUAACCACAGAUGUGUGAUUGCCUUCAAUCUCAAACCUUCUACUAGAAAUAGUGAUUCCAUGCAUUCAGCAACACACAGAGUGACAAAUAGGAUCCAUCCAAGCCGUGUAGAUGUUAUAAGCUGUAUAUAUUGAGUGAUGGACUCUGUACUUUAUUGUAUGGCUUGAUGUUACAAGAAUCUCCUCAGACAAGCUCAGCUGAUCAAGACUGUGGAGGGUCAGACAGAUCUUUUGCAAAGUACUGCAUAAAAGUCAGUUAUAGAAUAAAAUAGAUUGUAAAUAUUCAAAUGUAAACUGAUGGUGCAACAGAUUCUUGGGUUCUACAUAAAGACAGGGGUCAAUUGUGGAUGCUUUUUGUUGUUUGUGUGAUAAUCUAAUAGCUGCGCCAUAACUUCAUUAUCAUCAUCCACUGUAACUGAUAAUGGUUGUUAAAGAAACUGCCAGAUUUGACUAAAUAAAAUCCAUCCAGACCUUUGGAAUGAAUUGUGUGUCUCAUUUUUUUCAGGAGGAGGCCUGUUUAAAAGAAUUUUGUGUAGGCUUACAAUUAGAAAUAUUUCUUGAUCGCCAUCCUGAAAUUCUAGUGUUGUAUUUUUACCCUUGCUCAGGUGUCUGAGUUCACAUCUGCAAAAUUAUCACAUUGAAUGAUCAGAUUCCCUUUUUGCCAGAAUCCUAUUACUUAAGUACUUUUUAGAACUUUGUACAUUGUUUAUAGUAAUUUAUUCAACCGAGUGACUGCCUGUUCAGUACUUACUUCACAGCACUUUCAAACCAAAUUUUUGAAAAGUCUUUUUUUCUUUUUCAAUUCAGUUACGAUGUUUCUUUCAAAAAUUUGGCCCUGCUCUCAGGAUGUUCAAUCUUGCAGUACUAGAUUUCUUCCUAGCAAUGACUGUUUUUUACACUUUGAGCUUCCCAGUCUUAUAUGCAAACAAUUCCUCCCCUCGUUGAAAAUGCAGAUGUUAAUUUAAAAUAUUAUAGUUCCCUGGGAAUGCAAAAUAAUGAGAUCAGUAGGACUAUUUCAAUACUGCUACUUUUUUGUAAUAAGUAGACGUUUCUGCAAAAUGUUAAUAAAGCUUAACCCUAACCCCUAAGGAUGUAUGUAAAACCGUAUUGAAAUUGGAGGAUUUGGGACUGUUAGGGUUAAUAUCAGAAUUAUUCCUGAUUGAAAACUUUGCCACUUUUUAGUUUCAUUCUGUCCAAAGAAUGAAUUUCAUGAAAUGGCAAUUUUGUCAAUUUGCAACUUACUUUUGCGAAAAGCAGAUUAAAUUUUGCAAUAAAAAUUCGAAUAUCCACUGCUUGAUCUAACAGCAUAACAUGUACAUAUGUUAUAUUGCUCAAAGAAAAUAUAGACUUUGAACUUGUCCUAUUGUAUCGAGUUACUGCUGUGACAUUUUUAUUCAUUAUGUGUACAUAUUGUUGCAUGUAUAUGCUCAUGAAUAAUUCAUAAUCCAUAAUAAAUAAUAGAACUAGUCAUCACAAAAUAUCUUAGGAUCUUGGUUUUGUGUCGGAGUCUACAAUGAUUCUUAAAAAUAAACUUAAUUUUCUUGUUUGUGUGACUAAUAGUGUUACCGAGGAAAGAUGUGUUUGGUAUGCAAGUAUUUUCUCCUGCCUUAUGAAUAUUCAUCAUUGGUGCAUAUGAAUAUUAAGCUUUCAGUUAUAAGUCUUUUUUCUUAACAAUCAUGAACAUGCCUUGAUUGUCAACCCAUGUAUUGUUUGUAAUACAACUUUGAAGUGAAAGCAUAAGUCUUCAUCAGAAAAAAGUACUCUAUUUCUUCCAUUCUUAAGACACUACUUUCCCUAACUCAGGACAUUUCUUUUGCUCUUUUGAAUUCUUCAGUCAUUUAUUGUGGAAUUGGUGAAAAGUGACAAUGACAUGCUGAGUGGUACACUUGUCUAGUUAGACCCUUAAAAAAGCUCUUGGUCAUUUGAAUGAAUCAUGGUAACGUAUUUUCACCAACGUGAUUGAAAGUCCCUGGCAUUUAUUUUACACAUGCAUGCAGGAUGUGCUGUAAACUGUAUUAGGUUUUUGUUGUUAGUAUAUCUCAGAAGACCAGAAAAUAUUUCAGAAAAGUAUUUUUUUUUUAAUGCUGGCUAGUCUCUGCACUUUUUACAAAAGUGUACGAGGAUGCCACAUGAUAUGCAGGAUGUUUCUUCCAGUUAUAUCUUGGGUACUUCUGAGCAUAGGAGGGGACUUAAUGUGGUGUUUUGCUUUUAGCAAUACUGUAUGGAACAAGGAGCUCAUUGUUGAUACAAUUAUAAUGGUUUUACAUUGUAUGUCUAUUAUGACUGAUGUUUAACAAUAACAGUAAAGCCGCACACAUAAGAAUGGAAUUCAAAACAUCCCCAACAAGAAUUUAGUAUAUGAUUCUGUUUCACUGAAAGGUUGUUGUAUAUUUCCUAUGGAAAUUGCAUGUUUUUUUUUUAAUUUUUCCUUUACUCUUGUGAAGUUUUCUCUUAAAUGCUCCCCUGCCCUUUCCACAUCUAAUCCUGCAACCAUUUUCUUUGUUAAUUUAUUUACUUGUAGUUGUGGAGUAGCUUGGGGACAAAGAUUUCCCCAAUCUGUCUUUUUUAAUCCUUUGGAAUGUCCUCAUUAAAACAGCUGGAAUUUCAGAAUGCAAGUCGCUGGACACCUGGGAUCUGAACUUCAACCUGAACAGCCAACUUGUAGAAGUGUGUUGUAACCUUUGUACGCUGUACACAUUUUAGUGUUUUAUUUUUGCUUUUGUCUUUAAAGUGUCUUUCUUGAUUUUUUUUAAAGUGUAUCCUUCAUUGUAGGAAAGUUCAAAGAUAGGACAACUCUGUUGAUUAAAGUUUUACAUGUGCACUUUGAAGUUGUAUUUAUUGUUUUUGCUAAACUGUAUUUUAUCUCACUUCAGAUUUUUUUUCAACAAAAGCAUUGGACAGUAGCAGGUAGCUUCUAGCCUUUUAUGUGAUUCCAUUGUAAUGCUACUGGCUUUGUUGUAGUGGUCUGAUCAUUUAAUUAUUUUAUCAACUGGAUUGGACAGUUAAGUUUUAGUAUCUCCCCGAAUAUGUUGUACAAUAAAAGAGAUUUUCUGCAAGGUUUGGUGCUUUUUAAUUUUUUUUAUUAUUCAUAAUUUGAAAUAUUACUGUAUGCUUCGUGUUAAGUUUAUUAAAAUCAACCUUUGUUGAAAAAGCAUAAAAAUUCGAUGCAAAAACACAAUUUGUAAAUUGUGGAAGAAUGGAAAAAAA